CUACUAACAAGGCAGCAAAUAAGCUUUCGGCUACCGGUGUCGUUGAAGAGUUGUUUGAAGAGGGUUCCGCCAUGCUUGCAGAGAGACUGGGGAAAGAUUUGCCUUCAGACAGAAACGCAUGCCUCUAUAGAUGUGCGGUCUUCCAGGUGGACCAAACACCAGGAGAUGGUUUCUCAGUUAACUCGGAUCCAUUUUUUGCACCUGGAUCGAAGCCAUGGGAAGGCCCUUCCUGUGCACUAACUGUCGGAAGAAGAAAGAUGCAAUGGAAGGGAAACGGCCAAGCAGACACACAGUGACUGUGUAAGCAAGCAAAUCAAUCAAUGUCCGGUAACAAGAGUACAUAACCACCAAUGUCCCCCCCCCCCCCCCCCGGUUGUCUAUGUUGUUGUUGAUGAUGUUGGU